AUGGGCAGCAAGGAAGAUGCGGGCAAGGGGUGUCCGGCGGCCGGCGGCGUCUCCAGCUUCACCAUUCAGUCCAUCCUGGGCGGGGGCCCCUCGGAGGCGCCAAGGGAGCCGGCCGGCUGGCCGGCCAGGAAGCGCAGCCUGUCCGUGUCCUCGGAGGAGGAGGAGCCGGACGACGGCUGGAAGGCACCCGUCUGCUUCUGCCCAGACCCGCACGGCCCCAAGGAGCCCGGCUCCAAGCACCACCCCCCCAUCCCCUUUCCUUGCCUGGGUACUCCCAAGGGCAGCGGAGGCGCGGGGCCGGCGAGCUCGGAGCGCAAGCCUUUCCUUUCUUCUUCGCACCCGGACUUUAAGGAAGAGAAAGACAGGCUCUUGCCCGCGGGCUCGCCGUCGCCGGGGCCCGAGCGGCCGCGGGACAGCGGCGGCGCCGAGCGGCAGGCGGGCGCGGCCAAGAAGAAGACGCGCACGGUCUUCUCGCGCAGCCAGGUGUACCAGCUCGAAUCCACCUUCGACAUGAAGCGCUACCUGAGCAGUUCGGAGCGCGCCUGCCUCGCCUCCAGCCUGCAGCUCACCGAGACCCAGGUCAAGACUUGGUUCCAGAACCGCCGCAACAAGUGGAAGCGGCAGCUCUCCGCCGAGCUGGAGGCGGCCAACAUGGCGCACGCGUCGGCGCAGACUCUGGUGGGCAUGCCGCUGGUGUUCCGGGACAGCUCGCUGCUGCGCGUGCCAGUGCCGCGCUCGCUCGCCUUCCCCGCGCCGCUCUACUACCCGGGUAGCAACCUCUCCGCCUUACCUCUCUACAACCUCUACAACAAGCUCGACUACUGA